AUGAAGUCACUUUUGCUCGUCAUUGGAAUUAUUUGCUUCUACGGUAGACGGGGCAGCGUAAAUUGAAAAAUGAACUUUGCAGACUUCUUAGAGUUGGAUUGAAAAGGCAUUUUUUUUAUGCGCAAGAAAUUAAAAUUUGGCCGUUUCAUGUUUUCUUAAAAGUUUUAACUGCGUGAAUUUCAUUGGCCACCGGUUUGCGAAAACUUUAAAACUUUCAAAAAUUGUAUUGUUUUUAUGCCGCAUUAGUAUCAUUUUUUUUAUCGAUUUUGACAACAAAGAACAGGGGAAAAGUUUAGAGGGUUCGAAAAGAAAAUCCGUAAAUUUCAGCGAAUGUCGAGAGUAAAAUCAGCGUUUCUAAAAGAAUGAAGGGACCUGUUCGCAGUCCAUUCAUACCGAAACUAAUUGUGGAAGAGGUGAACAACGAUCGCAUAGCUUUCGCACAAACACACAAAACCGAGAAAAUGCCGUCGGUGGUCAGUCUUUCUCAUGCAAUUUUUCACUUUUUGCUUCUUUUUUUUUGCAGAUUUGGGACGAUGAAUUGGCUCAAAAAGCGGAGCGAAUGCCUCAGGACUGUUCGGCUUUGAAGCCGGGCCCCGAUUAUCGCGUUUAUCCGGAUUAUGUAAGACCUUUUCUGUUGUUUUUAGCACGGUCUCCCAGGGCGCAAAUGUUAAACACAGUGCGCUCGUAAAUUGCGGAGUGUCGUUGUAACUUUUGAAAAUUUGCACGUCUAAAAAUGCAGUUCAAUUCGUGUUUACGACCUUUAUUUCUUUCUUUUUGACUUGAAAAACGUCUAGAAAACAAUAUUUUACUGAUUGGAAACCGUUCUUUACAGAAUUUCGAGUUUUUCAUGUUUUUAGCGUCUUUUUCGCAUUUCGUCAAAACUUUAAACCUUUAUUUCAGCUCAUUUUGCAUUUCAUGAGCCCAACGAACGAUAAAAAUGUUCGCUGAAUUUUUCUUCACAAAAUUCAAGUUCCGGCGGUUAGUUUUCUUAAGCAGUUUUCGAAAACUAUUCAAAAAACAUCAAAAUUCAGGCGAAAACCUUCAAAUCGAAAUAACUCGGCUAAUUCUCAACGAUAUGUGAGAUUUCUGUUAUCAAAACGUAGCUAGUGCUUUAAUUACUCAAAUCCAGGUUCCAGGCGUACAAAAAAUAUCUGUAUUGUAUAGAAAACAUGGGAAGAACGCGAACUCCCGUUGAAAAUUAGUUAAUCGGCCGCCGCUUAAAUCGACACAACCCGCCUAUUGCAAGUGCGCCCCAUUGAAAUCAUUCGCGCCGUGGGAGACCGUGUUUAGUGCAAAGUUACGUAAUCAAUUUGUUUUCCAUUCAGGCGGGAGCAGUGUCGAACGGCGGCGACGUGAUGCGUGCUCUUGAGGCGAGCAUUCAGGAGGAGCUCGAAAGGAAUGCGUCGGCGACGUUUCCGAGUGUUCUGGCGUCUCGCGCUCGCACCGCCGACACUCUGUUCAAGUACGAGAAGAUGAAUCCGAAGCAGAAGAAGAUCGGGUGUGCGCGAAGAAAUUGCACCGCCGAUUUCACGGAGGACAUUCUGAAGCAUCUCGAGCCGGCGGACAGGAAGCGGUUGGAGGGAGCACAGUACUCGUUCAACAACAUUUGUCUGAUCGGGCCAAUGUGAGCUGUAAAUUGUUAUUUUUCUGAUUUCCAAAUAAAUUUGUUCAGAGGAACUUCUUCGGGAAAAUCGGCGUCCGGACUCUCCGCGACGACGGCUGCCAAUCACUCAUCGAAAAGAAUCAACACUGCUCUCAGCGCUAUUGUAUUUUUUUCGAUUAUGACUGUGUUUUGA